UCAUUGUGUAUAAACCACAAAAAGACAAGUAACUUUGUUUCCCCCCUGUAGCACAUUUUAAAGAAAAAACACUGUUCAAAAUGGUUGAUCAAAACCAUGACAUGCAGGGAAACUGCCUCAGCUCCACAGCAGUGUUGUGAAACAGCUUCCUCCACUCUGAUCCUCACACAGUGGCCAUUUUGUGCACACGAGAGGCCGUCUUGGGAGAAACUGAGGCUUCACUUGCAGAUCACACAGCAGCACAGACACACAACCUCUCACCCUGUUUGCUUCUUAGCGUUGUUUUCUAUUGUGUAUUUUGCUGCUUUUCCCUGGCAGAGAAGUGGCAGACACAAAAUGUAGAUCCAAAAUAAAACAAGCUAAGGCAGGGCAUGUUUGUUUGUACGGCACAUUUUUAAAAAAAGAGGGGGGGGGGAGCAGCCCAGUCACUAUUACAUAAGAGAAAAAUGCACUUAAAAGCUUAAUAAUGUAAUUGAAAAUAGCUGAUAAAAGUCACAACGUGUAGGAAAGCUGUUUCAUUAAGUCCGAAAGCAAAAUAAGAGCUGCGUGUUGUUUCUCUUCAGCACUCUCACCAGGGAAAACAAGGAUUUUUUUUCUUCUCCCUGUGGCUUGGAGUGCUUAUUCUACAUGUCAGCCAGAAAAUGGUAACGCUACUAUCUGUGCUUCAUCUUACACCAGAUCACUCCUGUUUGUAAAACUGAAACCAGAAGUGAUCCUCUAUUCAAAGUGCAUGACUCACUGUGCUGAAAUGAGUGCGCAACAUAAAUGUUUCAUUGAUAGUUGGGAGACGUCGGCGUGUAACGUCGUAGAGUUGAGAACAAAUCCUCUGGGCCUGCGUUUUUAGCAUCUGUGUGUUGUCUGUAAACAGGAAGGCAGUGGUUUGAAAUGCACAGGCAGUGAGUAAUGCACUGUAACCACUUAUGUUUAAUCUGUACAAAGGCCUUUUUCUGAACCUCUUCUGGUUCAUACUUUAAUAAUCAAGAGGUGCCAGCUCAAGCAGAGGAAACUACCAUGUGUAUUGCAGUAGGAAAUGUCUGCAUUGCAGCAAAAGUGCAUUUUUAAAAGGACAAGGGGAGCCUGCACACUGUGUGAUCAGUGUGGCUUAGCAUAGCCGACCAAUAACAUUCCACCCCGUUGGCCCUCCAGCCAAUUGCAGCUGCAGUUGAGGUUAAAGAUUGACAAUCAGACGGAGAGCAGCAGCAGGGAGAACAAGGGCCUUCUGGAAAAUUCCACAGCCAUCUUUGAUUCAGCCUGUACAGCCUCGUAUAAAAAUCCAGUCUGGCUGAGGAGGAGGUGAAGACGGAGUCGGAUGUGGUAGAGGGGAUGGAUGCAGCUCUGCGGUCCAAAGUCCCUGAUCCACCAGGGUCAGCGGAACGAUCAGUGGCACCACAGAAAAGAAAGGUGUCAAGUCCCACCCAUUCCUCCAAUGGGCACUCUCCCUCAGACACCUCGCCCAGCCCUCUGAAGAAAAAGAAGAAGCCUGGGGCCGUCAACAGUAACAACAAAGACCAGUCAGAGCUAAGACAUGGUCCCUUUUACUAUAUGAAGCAGCCAGCACUCACCACAGACCCUGUUGAUGUUGUACCGCAGGACGGCAGGAAUGACUUCUACUGCUGGCUGUGCCACCGCGAGGGCCAGGUGCUCUGCUGUGAGCUCUGCCCCAGGGUGUACCACGCCAAGUGCCUCAAACUACCAGCCGAGCCCGAGGGCGACUGGUUCUGUCCAGAGUGUGAGAAAAUAACAGUUGCUGAAUGCAUUGAAACCCAGAGCAAGGCAAUGACAAUGCUGACAAUAGACCAACUGUCCUACUUGCUCAAGUUUGCACUCCAAAAGAUUAAACAGCCUGGGACUGAGCCUUUUCAGAAGCCUGUGGCUCUGGAACAGCACCCAGAUUAUGCUGAAUAUAUCUUCCACCCCAUGGACCUAAGUACUUUAGAGAAGAAUGUAAAAAAGAAAAUGUAUGGCUGCACCGAAGCCUUUCUCGCUGACAUGAAAUGGAUUUUGCACAACUGCAUCAUCUAUAAUGGAGGCAAUCACAAACUAACAGCAACUGCAAAAGUGAUUGUCAAGAUUUGUGAACAUGAGAUGAAUGAGAUCGAGGUGUGUCCAGAGUGCUACCUGUCUUCAUGCCAAAAAAGGGACAACUGGUUCUGUGAGCCAUGUAGUCAACCUCAUCCUCUGGUCUGGGCCAAGCUAAAAGGCUUUCCUUUCUGGCCAGCAAAAGCACUUAGAGAAAAGGAUGGACAGGUAGAUGCACGCUUCUUCGGUCAACAUGACAGGGCAUGGGUCCCCAUCAACAACUGCUACCUCAUGUCCAAAGAGAUCCCUUUCUCUGUGAAGAAGACGAAAAGCAUCUUCAACAGUGCCAUGCAGGAGAUGGAGGUCUACGUGGAAAACAUUCGCAAGAAAUUUGGCGUCUUCAACUACGCACCCUUCCGCACUCCUUACACACCCAACAACCAACUACAGAUGCUUGUGGACCCCUCCAACCCCAGUGCUGGGACAGUGAAGACAGAAAAAUCAGAUAAACUGCGACUAAAUUUUGACAUAACCGCAUCUCCUAAGAUGGUCCUCGGCAAAAGUUCCACACCGAGUGGAAUGAGUCGGAGGGUCUCUAUGACGGACAUGCCUCGCUCCCCAAUGAGCACCAACUCUUCGGUUCACACAGGGUCUGAUGGGGAGCAGGACAUGGAAAAGCCCAGCAGAAUUCCUGCUUUCCACUAUAGCACUGGAGAGGAAUCAAUGGAUUGUUCUGCAUCUCCUUUGUCUGGAAAGAUGGGUCCAGCAGGCAGUGUAACGGGUAGCCCAAAACCCUCAAACCCUGGUCUGGUUCCCAAGCAAGAGAGGACCACCAGCACAGGCGGCAUUCUCAAUCUCAACUUGGAUCGAGUGAAAGCUGAAAUGGAUCUUAAGGAGCUGAGUGAGACUGUGCAGCAACAACAUCAGCAACAACAAGGAGUGUCGGCGACGACCCUCCCUACUCCAAAGAGACAGAUCAGGAGCCUGGACAAGACGAUUGAAAGCUGCAAGGCUCAGCUCGGUAUAGAUGAAAUUUCUGAAGAUGUGUAUAAAGGUGUGGAUCACAGUGACUCUGAAGACUCUGAGAAAUCUGACUCGAGUGACAGCGAGUAUCUCAGCGAUGACGAUCACAAGCCAAAGAGCUCUGCCCAGGACGACAAAGACAAAGUGGAGAGAAAGAGGCCUAAAUCGAACACGGACAGAGAGAAUAAAGAGGGAGUAACGGGGACGGGGGAUAAAACCACCCUUGAACCCCUGCUCAAAGAGAAACAGGGUAGCAAUGGGCCGGACAGGGACGUCCAGGACAAGCCCAGAACACCCCAGCCUCAGCCCCUCACUGAGAAGCCCAAAGCCCCAGAGGAGGGUAAAGCGGCUGCUGCCACAUCAGCAACUGACCAAGACUCUGAUUCUGAAAGAGAGUUGGUGAUUGACCUGGGCGAUGAACAUGGAGGUCGGGACUUGAAGAGGGCAAGGAGAGAUGCGGGGACGUCUGCUGCCAAACCUCUCAAAGACACUCAUGCUGUCAAGGCCGAAGGUAAACAGCCUUCGUCUGGCGCUGCAGCAGCAGCAGCAGCAGCAGCACUACCACGCGAAGUUGCCUCCAGCCUGAAAGACGCCUUGCAACCUGCCAUCACGGCUGCCCUCAGCCUUGUGUCCACUGCAGCUUCUGGUCUGUCCAGUGCUGCCACGACGACGACCUCCACCACCACCACCACGGGAACCACCAGUGUUCCCUCUUCUGCCUCCAGCUCAGUCUCUGCAACGUCUCCGGUGCCUGCAGCUGUAAAGAAACAGCGCCCUCUACUGCCCAAAGAGGCAACUCAGGCCGUGCAGCGAGCAGUGGUUUGGAAUCCCACCAAGUUUCCCACGUCCUCUCAGAAGUGGCAAAUGGAGAAGGUGCAGAAGCAGCAGCAGCAGCAGCAGCAGCCUGGGGAGCAGUCAGCAGUGCAAACACCGAGUCAGGGGCCAACACGGAGUCCACAGCAGCUGCAAUCACAACAGCAGAAUUCCAAUACCAGUAGCCGCUAUCAGACCAGACAAGCAGCCAAGGUGCAACAAAAAGACCCGUCACCAAAUUCAUCCUCAUCCACAGCUGCUCCGGUCACAUCUGGAAGCUCCUCGUCUUUCACAGGAGACGUACAGAUCCCCACAGUCUCGGCUGAUGUGGCCGCAGAUAUAGCAAAGUACACAAAUAAAAUUAUGGAUACUAUUAAAGGGACAAUGACUGAAAUCUACAACGACCUUUCCAAAAGCACGUCGGGAAACACAAUUGCAGAGAUUCGACGGUUAAGGAUAGAAAUUGAAAAGCUCCAGUGGCUGCAUCAACAAGAGUUGUCAGAGAUGAAGCACAAUCUAGAACUGACGAUGGCGGAGAUGCGGCAGAGUCUGGAGCAGGAGCGAGAGCGGCUGGUGACGGAGGUGAAGAAGCAGAUGGAGAUGGAGAAGCAGCAGGCGGUGGACGAGACCAAAAAGAAACAGUGGUGCGCCAACUGCAGGAAGGAGGCCAUCUUCUACUGCUGCUGGAACACCAGUUACUGCGACUACCCCUGCCAGCAGGCCCACUGGCCAGAGCAUAUGAAGUCCUGCACACAGUCAGCUUCAGGUUCACAACAGGAGCCGGAGGCCGAGUCCAACUCGGACCCUUAUAUCAAAUCAUCAGGUCACUCUCCUGCCACACAGUCCCUGCCCUCAGCCGCAGGAUCCAUAUCAGACAAAAGCAACUCUCCCACAUACACGGACAAGAGUAAAGACAGUGCUGCUGUGACUGUGACCUAACCGCUACGCUACAGAAACUCUGGCAGAUUUUUUUUUGAAGCUUGUGGAUCAAACAUUCUGCGUCGUCAAAUUUGGUGCUUAAAGGCCUGGAUCUCUGUGACAAAAAAAACAAACAACCAUCCCCCCCCCCCCC